AUGGAGACCAUCUAUCUCCCGGGAUACACAACGUUGGAGAAGCGUCAAAUUUCCACAAGGCACCUCAUCCCGAAGCAGUUGCGGGCCAACGGCCUGUCCAAGGGCCAGGUGGCUUUUAGCGAGGAGGUUGUAUCGAAGAUCAUCGAGUCGUACACUCGUGAAUCAGGCGUGCGUAAUCUCGAGAGGGAGAUCGGCUCCGUCUGUCGCGCCAAGGCAGUGGAGUACGCCGAGGCCAAAGACAGUGGUCGUCUUGAAUCUUACCGAUCACAAGUGACCCCAGAGGAUGUGGAGGAGAUUCUCGGCAUUGAGAUGUACGAGGAGGAGAUUGCCGAAAAGACCAGCCGCCCCGGUAUUGUCACCGGGCUGGUAGCUUAUAGCUCCGGGGGCAAUGGCAGCAUCCUCUUCAUCGAAGUUGCCGACAUGCCCGGCGACGGGCACGUGCAGCUCACCGGUAGGCUAGGCGAUGUGCUCAAGGAGAGUGUCGAGGUAGCACUCACCUGGGUUAAAGCUCACGCAUACGAUAUUCAUGUGCACUGUCCCUCGGGAUCGAUCCCCAAGGAUGGACCUAGUAGCGGUAUUGCACAAGCAAUCGCACUCAUUUCCCUCUUUUCCGGAAACCCCGUGCCACCGACGAUGGCGAUGACGGGCGAGAUCUCCCUUCGAGGACGGGUAACAGCCGUCGGGGGCAUCAAAGAGAAGCUCAUCGGGGCCUUGCGUGCGGGCGUCAAGACGGUCAUGCUUCCUGCGCAGAAUAGAAAGGACCUUAAGGACCUGCCCGCCGACGUGACGGAAGGCCUACAAAUACUUUUUGUCGGCCACAUUUGGGAGGCUAUCCGCCUCGUGUGGCCCAAUUCGCAGUGGGCUGUUGACGAGAAGAAGUUAGCGGCGGUCGAAAGCCGUCUCUAA